AUGAGCAACCACGCCAGUCCAGGGGAACCUGAAGACAGCGGCGGCACUGGGUUUAGCACGGGGCCCGAAAUCAUUCGUCCAAUCCCUCGCCGGCCGUUCAACCUCAACCUGAGCAAUCGCUUCUCCAACCCAACCCCUCCUAGUGAUGAGGACGACCAAGACGAGGCUCCUUCCCCGCGACCCACCAUCACUGCCAAUGAUCUGCGUUUCCUAGCCGCCCACAACAAUUCCAGCUUCAAGAACAUCCUCAAUUGGGGCGACAGCAGUGCCCGGAGCCCGGAUGCCAGCACACCCAGCACCCCAGGCCAGCUUACUCAUACAUCAUCUUACUUCAAUCUCACAUCGCCUACCCUGUAUGGCAUCUACUCGCCCACAACAACAGACCCCUUCAGUAGGGAUCCGGGGGAGGAUUAUGAGGAAGCGAUCGAUGACGACGACGACGACGACGACGACGACGAUGAUGAUGAUGAUGAUGAUGAUGAUAACGAGGACGAGCAGGAUCAGAACUCCCCAGCUGCCCCAUCGCUAAGCGGUAGAAUCGAUGCGACGGCGGCGGCAGCAAAUGCAAUCCCACAGCCGAUGAGCAAAAGACAAGUAGCGCUCGCGCUCACUGUCCGCGCGAUGCUGCUCUUCGCCCUUGGCGUGGGUUACGGCGUGCUGGUAACGAGGUUGCCGGGCGACCCAGCACGGAAAUUACAGUUACUGCAAGUCGUGGAGGAAGGCCUUAAGGAGGAGAUUCAGGGUGCCACGGCAAAUGGCUGCAGCAGUAAGGUUGCAGGGGGGUGGUGGUACCUCAUGAUUUGGGGAAUCGCAGGCGUCGCACUGGGCAGUUUCCUCCCAUGGUUCGAUCGCAUCUGGGAAGAGACUAUCGCAACCCGGGUCCGGAACGCCGGGAACGAGAAGCCCACCAAGCGCCAGACUCGCCAGCAGAGACAGCGUCAACGUCGCGCCUCCGCACUCGGCAUGCAGGAACUCCCGAAUGUCCCUUCGUCCGUCACCAACAACACUGCCAAUUCUGAAGCUACCUCAGCCGGCUCGCGCGCUGCCGCCUCGCAAGCAGACUGGCCGCUUAUCAUGCGUGGCAUCGGCGCCUUCGUCGGCAUCGUCUUUGCCAUCCGCAAGCUGCCAUGGACUUCAACCAUGCAAGUGUCACUGACACUUGCCCUGGCGAACCCCUUCCUGUGGUACUUAAUCGACCGCUCAAAGCCGGGCUUUUUCUUCUCGGCCGCUGUCGGCCUUGCGGGCAGUGCUGUGCUGAAGCUGAUGGGUCUUGACCCGGGGAUGAUGCCCGUGCCGAUUAUGCAUGGCAGGACGUCACCCCUAGCAUCGUCUAUUCCGACAGAGCAGCAGCAGCAUAUGGCAUUGCAAGGUAAUGUGUCUGGUGCCAAUGAUGUGAAUGGCGGGGAAAGGACAGCAUUAGUGUGGGGCGAAUGGGGAUGGAGCCAGGAGAGCGUCGAGGCCAGCAUCUGGAUGCUUUCAGUGCUGUUCUGCAGCUGUGUGUGCUUUGGCAACAUUGGCCGCAGAUUGGCGCUGAACUCGUCUGCUGCUAGCCGGGGAAGGUGGGGUGGUGUGCGGUAA